CAAACACGUCGUAAUUCACGACUUUGCCAAACGAGCUCGGAAGCUCAACAACAUCUUUGACCGUCUGGAUUAGUCUGGAUUCCCAAUCCAAUAAGGCGUAACCCGUGUGGCUCCUCCAUCCACGUGAUCUCACUCCUCAUGGCCGCUGCCGCCGCCCCGGUUCACCCGGUUCCAUCGUGCUCGUCCUCGGCGCGAUCGGGCGAGAAUAAACGGAAACGCUCUGGAUCGACUAAAGCGGAGGAAACGGCGGAAUUGCCGCCCGCCACUAAUUUCACCGAAAUCGAUUUGGAUCACUUCAGUCAGACGCACGAUAUUAAAAUCAGGAACUUCAAACAAUGCAUCCACGAAGAUCCGACUUUUGUGUGGCAAUUCGCCAAUCCCAAUCACGUCGAGGACAGCUACAAAUUUCGAAUCACCUUACGAUCUGAGGUGAAUCAUCGGGGAGGCAUGCUCAUCUCGUCGGGCUUGUAUAUGACGGACGGGUUCAUUCUUCAAGUGUCGAAUCAGAGUCAGAAAAGCAUCAACUACAUCUUGUCGGCCAAGAUCUUGGAUGAAGAUGGUUUAGUCAAAAUCACUAAAACCGAACGCUUCACGGCUCGGGAUGAUGCUCAAUUUACCAUGGUGAGCUUCUCUAGUCGAUACGACAAGUACAUCUCGCCCCAAGGCACGUUGUUUAUGCAAGUCAAGUUGGAUAUUCGCACCGGCAUUUCGUAUCGAUCCACCUCCAAACGCAUCCGAAUGGAUGAACCUCGAUGCCGGCUGUUCAAAACUCUACCCGAAGAUAUUCGAAACAUGCGGGAAGAGGCCAACUUCAAUGACGUUUGCAUUAAAUGUGGAGAUGUGAUCAUGCGAUGCUCUAAGUUCAUCUUGUGUGCCCGGUCCGAUGUGUUCCGAGCCAUGUUUUCACACGAGAUGAAAGAGGCUCGUGAGCUUCAAAUUCGAAUCGAAGACGUGGAGCCGGCUACUUUGAAAGAUAUGUUGGAGUUCCUCUAUAGCGAUGAUGUCAAGGGUAUUGGUUUGAGUCGAACGGUAAAGUUGUUACCUUUAGCUGAGAAGUACAAUAUUCGAAGUCUGUGCAAUUUCUGUGUGGAAGCUCUCUCCACCCAUAUCACGGUGGAGCAUGCCGGCGAAAUUGCGGUCUUAGCCGAACAACACCAGAUCCGACCCCUGCUCGAAAAGACGAUUAACUUCAUGCUCAUUAACGCCACACGAGUAGUCAAGACUGAAGGCUGGCGAUCAGUCUUACAACUAUGCCCGGAGAUUGCCAAUCAGAUCAUCUGCAGUCUUAGCAAACAUCGAGAGGACACGAGUAUUUCUGAAAUUAUCACUGAAGAUGUCUUUCGACGGCAUAUUUCCCGAGAACGAGAGUAUCUGAUCGAUUAUCCGGGCGUUUAUGUUGCGGCUCCCCCCAAUAACCCCGAAGAAGAGAUCUUGCCCCAAUUCCAUGUUCAGCCAGGCAAUCUCGAGAUUGAAGCCGCGGAUCAUGUCGUGGAUGUUGAUAUGCCCGGUCUCAAUGUGAAUUGAACCCAUUUCGAUAUGGAACUCGAGCACACCUCCAAUUCAAUCGCAACCAAGUGCAAAUGUAGAUCCUAUCAGAUCUGAAAUGUGGUAUUUAAAUGUACAACCAAACCCUAAUCAAAUAAAUUCCCGAUUCGUUGUUGCAGAAAAA